AUGGCCAUUUUGUCAACGCUGUGCCAACCUCCCAGAAGACGUGGAGGAAACGGCGGGUGCUUUUGUCCGGUGACUGGGAGUCGCCCUCGGGACAUCCCGUCCGUUUCCACAUUCCCACCACGUUCCAAAUUGCCGGUAGGCUAUCCUACCGUUCGGCAAGUUGAAGCAGCCGAGCGCUACACAAGCGGAGAUCGGCAGAUCGAAAGGGUGAGGCUGAAGGUCCCUGCCGUGGAGAGGGUUUAUCCGAAGUUUCUCUUCACCACCAAUCUUAUCAAAGCUCAACUCAUCAGCCCUGCCGAGAUGAUCGAAGAGAGGAAAACUGCCGAGGCAAAGAGGAUGAACGAGUCCUCAAAGAGGCGCCUCAUGCUCUGCAUGCAGGGGAAGAAGAAAGGGCGGCAGGCCGGAACGGCACCGGCGUCUUCAGGAGGGGUGGACCCUGAUGACUUAACCCUCAACGAGCGUCGUCGUCAGAUGAACGCUGAAUCGGCGCAUGCCGAAGCUGGUCCGUCCCCCAGCCGAGGCACUACUGCCGAGGGUACCUCCUCCAAAGCUGCAGGCAAAAGACCGUUCACGGUGGAUCUUGAUGCCGACCCCGCUCCAAAACGCGGGCGACAAGCCGAGCUUGCUUGGGCCAUCUUCUCUGCUGAUGACGACGAGGCGCCUCCCGAAGCUGUCACCCUGGCCUGCCCUUCGAAGACGGUCCAGUUUGUGAACCACAUGAUCCUCGGUUCACAAAUGGAGUUGUCCGAGAUCGAGGAUCUUCCGAAGAAGCUCCUUCGGGAGGAGGCAGGCCGCGCCUUCCGUCUUCAAGCUUCGGCCUCAAUGGAUAUGUGGCUUUGCGUAAAGCGAGCCAUUAAUGCUGCCGAAAAGGCGAAGAAGGCAUACGAAGACGGCAGAGCGAAGGUUGUCAAGGCCGGCAAAGCCAUCCAAGCUCAGGCGAACUUGGCGAAGGACAUGCAGGCUGCCGAACGGCAGGUAAAAGUUUAUCAAGCCAAGCUCGGCGAGAUGUCAGCAGACUUGGAGGCGGCGCAGCUGACGGCAAAGGAGGCUCUGGAGUCGAAUGAGGCGAUCCAGGUGGCUUUUGAGGAGUCUGAGCGGGUCAGGGCUUCCGAGGUCGAGGCUGCCGUCCAGGAGGCGAUACGGGGCUACCGUCGGUCUACCGAGUUUUCUACUUUGCUUGACAAGGAAGUAGGCUUGGAAAUGGCGGACCUACUCUACCGUUUCAAGCGGUACAACCCCAGGAAAAAGCUCAACCUCAACUUCAUUGCCGAUCCUCCCCCUCUUCCUGAAGGUAUAACUGAAGAAAUAGUCGAGGAGUACGAGGGAAAGGACACCACAGAGGAGGCCCCAGCCGAUCCCGAAGGGGGUACUGCCGAAGGCGAUGGGGUUGCUGCCGAAGCCGAUGAGGCCGCCACCUGA